GGGACAAAGGGCGUUUUCCACUAUAUUUCACCUUUAGCAGCUAGCCUCUAGCUUUAACAUGGCAUCGUUUAUUAUCAAACCUGCUCACCUCCGUUGUGUUUUCAGGAUAGGCAGGCUCAUGAGCGAGCAUCGGACAACAAACAUAUUAUGCUCAGACAGAAGUUAUGCCACUGAAGGAGACAACCGGGUACCCAAAAUAUACACCAAAACUGGAGACAAAGGUUUCUCAAGUACAUUUACAGGGGAAAGGAGGCCAAAGGAAGAUCAUAUUUUUGAAGCCUUAGGAAAUGCAGAUGAGCUGUCAUCAGCUAUAGGCCUGGCCAGAGAAUUUUGCCUUGACAAAGGUCACACGUUCACAUAUCAGCUGGACAAGAUACAAUGCAUUUUACAAGAUGUGGGCUCCAAUAUUGCCACCCCUCAGUCAUCUGCAAGAGAAAGUCACAUAAAGAGAACAAAAUUUACUGCUCAGCCAAUUGCAGACCUGGAAACCUGGAUUGACGCAUUUACAGAAGAACUCCCUCCACUGACAAACUUCAUUUUACCUUCCGGAGGGAAGGGCAGCGCAGCUCUGCACUUGGCUCGCACAGUGUGUCGGAGAGCAGAACGCAGUGUUGCUCCAAUUGUACGGUCAGGCGAGGCAGAUCCAGAUGUUGCCAAGUUUUUGAACAGAUUGAGCGAUUACCUGUUCACUGCGGCCAGAUUUGCAGCCAUGAAAGAAGGCAACAACGAGACAAUCUACAAAAGACCUGAAUGACCAGAUAUUCACGAGGAAUAAGACCAAAUAUGAUUUUGUUGUAGAGAUUUCCAUUUUGUUGUUAACAUAUCAAUAAAUGAAUGAGAUCGAAAAUUGUUUUCUUA